CUCCAGGACGGAAACACCGAACUGGUUUUGGAUUCUCUGAGGCAGAGCCAUUGGUCUGUAGUGGCCAAGCGACGUGGCAGACGUGCCAGCACGCCACGGACACAGGAGUCCUGGAGGACGCUCCAGACUCCUCUAUAGGAGAUGAACAGGAGGGCCCAUCAAAGAAUGAACCAGAGAGAGGGCCAGCUCAAGGGACACACAGUAAACGAGUGGCCCCUUCAGAUGCUGUCCCUGUCUUCCCCCUGUGGGCUUACGGCCCCCCUGAUGAAGAAGGCCAUCAGCUCUUGCAGUACUGGCCUUUCUCUUCCUCUGAUCUAUACAAUUGGAAAUCUCAGAAUCCCCCUUUCUCUGAAAACCCUCAAGGUCUCAAUAACCUCAUAGAAUCUCUCCUGUUUACUCAUCAGCCCUCCUGGGACGAUUGCCAGCAGCUUUUACAGGUCCUGUUCACCAUGGAGGAGAGACAACGAAUCCUCCUUGAGGCUCGAAAGAAUGUGCCAGGGGCUGAUGGGUGACCUACUCUCCUUCCUGAUGUUAUAGAUGCAAGGUUCCCAUUGAUCAGACCAAACUGAGACUUCAACUCGACUGAAGGUAGGGAGCACCUAAAAGUCUAUUGUCAGGCUCUAAUGGCAGGACUCAGAGGGGCAGCAAAAUGCCCCACUAAUCUGACUAAGGUGAGAGAGAUAACCCAGGGGCCCGAGGAAUCUCCAUCAGCAUUUCUAGAAAGACUCAUGGAGGCAUUCCGUCGGUUUACCCCAUAUGACCCUGGUAGUGAAGAGCAUAAGGCUACAGUGACGGUUGCCUUUAUUGAUCAGCCUAGCAGGGACAUCAGAAAGAAGCUACAAAGGCUCAAAGAGUUGCAAGAUAAGUCAUUAAGAGAAUUAGUGCAGGUGGCUGAAAAGGUUUAUCAUAACAGAGAGUCAGAGGAAGCUAAAGAAAUUAAGAGAGAAAAGCGUCAUGAGAAAAACUUACACAGGCUUCUGGCCACUGUAGUUAGGGAAACCAGAGAGCCUAAUAGGAUGAUGCCAAGCAAUAAGAAGGGACCCCUGGCAAAGGAUCAAUGUGCUUUCUGUAGGGAGAGAGGACAUUGGGUACAGAAUUGCCCCAAGAAGAAGAAAGAGCCUCAAGCCCCCAAAGCGCUAACCUUGCAGGAAGACAGUGAUUAGGGGGGAUGGGGUUCGGGUCCCCUCCCCGAACCCAGGGUAACUCUUAAAGUGGAGGGGAAGCCUAUUCAGUUCACGGUAGACACUGGAGCUGAAAAUUCAGUACUGCUACAAGCAAAUGGACCUCUUUUCGAGAAGAAGUCAUGGGUUCAAGGGGCCACAGGAUACAAACAAUACUCAUGGACUACCCAAAGAACAGUGGACCUAGGCAUGGGCCGGGUAACCUACUCACUCAUAGUCAUUCCUGAGUGCCCCUACCCAUUGCUGGGAAGAGAUCUCCUCACCAAAAUAGGUGCUCAAAUUCAUUUUGACCCCGAGGGACCUAGGGUACUAAAUCGGCAAGGGAAGCCUCUCCAGGUACUAACCCUUAGGUUAGAAGAUGAAUGCCAAUUGUUUGAAAAGCACAGGCAAGAAACUGGGCAGAUGGAUUGGUGGUUAGGAAACUACCCCCAGGAGUGGGCAGAAACAGCCGGAAUAGGGAAAGCUAAGAACCGGCCCCCCGUCCACAUAGAACUAAAGGCUCAAGCUAGCCCUAUAGAUGUCCGACAAUACCCGAUUUCCAGAGAAGCAUAAGAAGGCAUUCAGCCUCACAUUGCCUGCUUGCCUCAGCUGGGAAUCCUAUGGAAGUGCCAAUCAGCGUGGAACAUGCCCUUGCUGCCAGUUCGGAAAGCUGGGACUAAUGACUAUCGACCGGUCCAAGAUCUCCAAGAGGUAAACAAAUGUGUGGCUGACCUCCAUGCCACCAUCCCUAAUCCCUACAAUCUUUUAAGUUCUUUACCUCCAGACAGGACCUGGUAUUCAGUACUGGAUCUCAAAGAUGCAUUCUUCUAUUUGACACUGACCGUAAAAAGUCAAGAUUACUUUGCUUUCGAGUGGAAAGAUCCUGAGACUGGCCUAGCAGGGCAACUCACCUGGACCCGCCUGCCUCAAGGAUUCAAAAACUUGCCCACCAUCUUUGAUGAGGCCCUCCACCACGACUUGGAUAUGUUCCAGGCCUCUAACCCCCAGGUAACUCUGUUGCAGUAUGUAGAUGAUCUCCUCCUGGCGGUGGCUGACGAAGAACAGUGUCUAGAAGAAAUGAAGUGUCUCCUCACAGAGCUGGGAGAACAAGGCUAUCGAGCCUCUGCCAAAAAGGCCCAGAUCUGCAAGCGACAGGUCAGUUACCUGGGGUACCUACUGAAAGAUGGAAAAAGGUGGCUGUCUAAAGCCAGGAAAGAGACAGUGUUUCACAUUCCACCACCCUCUAAAUCAAGGCAAGUCAGAGAAUUUUUACGUACUGCCGGGUUUUGCCAUCUGUGGAUACCUGGUUUUGCUGAGAUAGCAGCUCCAUUAUAUCCCCUCACUAAAGACAAUCAGCCCUUUAAGUGGGGAGAAAAGGAGCAACAGACUUUUGAUAACAUUAAGACGGCCUUAAUGUCUGCGCUGGCUCUGAGUCUCCCUGAUGUAACUAAGCCUUUCCAUCUGUAUGUGGCAGAAAAUAAGGGAAUUGCAAAAGGGGUCCUAACUCAAAGACUGGGGCCCUGGAAAAGACCGGUAGCAUACCUGUCUAAGGAAUUGGACCCAGUAGCUGCAGGGUGGCCAGCCUGUCUAAGGAUUGUAGUGGCAGUUGCCAUCCUAGUAAAAGAUGCUGACAAAUUGACUAUGGGGCAGAAUUUAGUAAUCUCAGCCCCUCAUGCUUUAGAGAGUGUUGUCCGCCAGCCCCCCGACCGCUGGCUCACAAAUGCUCGCAUGACUCACUAUCAGACUCUGUUACUGAGUUCAGACCGGGUUACCUUUGCUCCGCCGGCGAGCUUAAAUCCAGCCACGCUGCUGCCGGACCCUGACCUCGACCCGCCUAUCCACGAUUGUCAACAAGUGCUUGCUGAGGUGCAUGGAUGGCGGAAUGACUUGUCAGAUCAGCCCCUGACAGAUGCCGAAGCCACCUGGUUUACAGAUGGCAGCAGCUUCCUGAAAAAAGGAAUAAGAAAGGCAGGGGCCGCUAUAGUGGAUGAUAGCCAACACCUGAUAUGGGCUCAGGCCCUACCUGCAGGAACAUCCGCCCAGAAGGCAGUACUCAGAUACCAUAUCAUAGGGCAGAUAGUUAAAAGCUGUGUACCUUGUCAAAAAAUAAAUGUCUGUAAGAGUACAGCGGGCCCUGGUAGAAGACUCAGAGGAGACAGACCAGGGAUGUAUUGGGAAGUAGACUUUACAGAAAUUAAACCAGGCAGAUAUGGUUACAAGUAUCUCCUAGUUUUUAUAGACACCUUCUCCGGAUGGGUAGAAGCAUUCCCAACAAAACAAGAAACAGCCUCCGUCGUGGUUAAGAAAAUCCUAGCAGAAAUCUUUCCACAAUUUGGGGUGGCCAAGGUAAUCAGGUCUGAUAAUGGACCUGCCUUCAUUGCCAAGGUAAGCCAGGGAGUGGCCAGACAAUUAGGGGUCAAUUAGAAACUACAUUGCAUUUACAGACCCCAGAGUUCAGGACAGGUAGAAAGGAUGAACAGAACUCUAAAAGAGACUCUGACUAAAUUAACCAUAGAGACUGGCGUAGACUGGGUUUUGCUCCUUCCCUUAGCCCUGUUCAGAGUUAGGAACACCCCUUGGUUCAACCUGACCCCCUUUGAGAUCCUCUAUGGUGCCCCUGCCCCCUUGACUUCACUGGAGGACGCCUUUGAACCUACUUGCCUCAGUAACAGUGACUUAUAUGGCAGGUUAAAAGGACUCCAAGCCGUACAGAAAGAAGUUUGGACACAGCUGGCAGCUGCUUAUGAACCUGGGACCCCCAAAGUUUCUCAUCAGUUCCAGGUUGGGGACACAGUCUACAUCAGACAGCAUCGUUCCCGGACCCUGGAUCCUCGCUGGAAUGGACCUUACUUAGUGCUCCUAACAACCCCGAUGGCUGUGAAGGUAGACGGGAUCUCCACUUGGGUCCACACCUUGCACGUGAAACCUGCACCACCAGAGGACCAAGGACAGAGGAGCACCACCUGGAGAGUUCAGAGUGCCGAAGAGCACCCCUUAAGACUGAAAAUUGUUCGGACACCUUAACUGUGAUAAGAUGAAAACUCUCUUGUUUCUCUUAUGUCUAACCAUU